CUUGUGCAACGGCAUCUACUCAAAGGAGGAGAAUUUGGGUUGAGCUUAGUUAUUCUCUUCAUCGAAGAUGUGGAGAGUGACAAACGCCAUAAUUUCCUCUGUUAGUCGCAUCGUGUUCGCGUUACUUGAUCUGUUGGACUUUGCUCUCUGCUUCAUCUACCGUUUCCUGGAUUCAGUUCUUGAAGAGAAUCCAAUUCCUUGUUAUUGCAGAAGCAGAGGAGGAGAAGAAGAGGGAGAUGAGAUUUCUGAGACUUUGUAUGGAAGGAGAAAUGAAUUUAGAGAUCAGAUAUUGGGCUUGUUUUCAGCGACGGGAAGGAGUGAUGAUGAUGAUGAUGAUGAUGAUGAUGAGAAGGAGAAGGAGAAGAAGGAAGCUGGAAGGAGAUCUCCUCGGUGGUCAGAUUGUAACUGUGAGAGCUGUGUGAGCUGUGCUUCAUGGAAAAAUUGGCAGGGGAUGGGGAAGGAGACUCUUCAUUUGGUCAUCAAAGAACCAACUCGAGCUGAAACAAGACAAGAUGGUAGCUAUGAAACUGAGAAUGUGAUUUUCUUACAUGGAUUUCUAUCGUCUUCAUCUAUAUGGGUGGAAAGUGUAUUUCCAAAUUUAUCAGAAGAAGCAGAUCUGAGAGUUAAAAUGUUUGCAAUGGAUCUUCUAGGCUUUGGUAAAAGUCCAAAACCAGCAAAUUGUUUGUACAGAAUACAAGAUCAUUUGGAGAUGAUAGAGAGGACUGUGAUUAAACAGUUUGGAUUGAAUAGUUUUCAUAUAGUUGCUCAUUCCAUGGGCUGCAUCCUUGGAAUUGCAUUAGCUGCAAAAUAUCCCAAGUCUGUGAAAUCCAUUACUCUUGUUGCUCCUCCAUACUUCCCUUCACUUGAAGCUAAAGCAAGCCACAAUGCUCUGAAUAGAUUGGCUGAAAGGAAAAUUUGGCCCCCUCUACUAUUCUUCUCUUCAGUUAUGUCUUGGUAUGAACACUUGGGAAGAACUAUUUGCUUCAUCAUUUGCAGAAAUCAUUUGACAUGGGAAUGGAUAAUUAAGCUACUGACUUGGAAGAAGCAUUUGCCUUUCAAUUUGACAGAUAUAACCAAGCACACUCACCAUUCUGCUUGGCAUACAAUGCAUGAGGUGUUAUGUAGAGGAGCUAAAUUUAAUGAUAAUUACUUGAGAACUUUAAAAGAAGAAGGAAUUUUUAUGAAGAUUAUUCAUGGUGACAAAGAUGAAGUGGUUCCAUUGGAGUGCAGCUUAAACAUAAAAGGUAGAGUUCCAAAAGCAGAGCUCCAAAUCAUCAACAAUGCAGAUCAUGUUUCUGUAAUCCUAAAUAGAAAGAAGGAUUUCACCAAGUUUCUUGAACAAACUUGGUUUUAAAACCUAUAAUAUAUAUAUAAAGCACCAUCAUAAAAUUAUCCAGUUUUGUCUAUGUUAUGAUUGGUCCAAGAUUUACAUGUGUACUUUCUUUAGUUAGUUUUCUUUGUAGCAUUUAUAUUGCUUUGAUUAGGAUCUUGUGUAGCCCUUUGAGAUACCAUUAAGCGUCUAUAAAUAAACACAGUAAGUUUGUAAUAAGGCAUUGAAGCCAAAAGCAAAAUAUAGAAAUCCAUUUCAGAUUUUAUGAUA